UGCUUUUUUUUUUUUUGGAAUUUUUUUGUUUGUUUGUCAUCUUUCUUCGCAGAUUCCGACAUCCCAUCUUGUUUUCUACUGGAAAAGAAAAGCAAGCUGUUCAUAUUUCUCCUCUUUCCUGAUGCUACUACUACUGCCCACUGUUUCUAUCACUCUGUAUUCUUUUCCAAGCUCAAAGUUUUGAGCUUGAUGAGAGAAUUGCUUUUGGAAUUACCAGUUUCGUUUAUACUGAAAUGGGUUUUCUGGGUUUUCAGGAUUACAGCUUAAAAUUGUGAAUUGAGUUUAUAAAGGAAAAAAAGAAAAGAAAAAACUGGGAAUUUCAGAUAUUGAUCAGUAUGGAUGAGAAAUCUGGAAGUGGGGUGAUUGUUGCUGAAUUGGUGAAUCAAUCAACUCAUGAACCUCAAUCAAUGCAAGAUGAAGAUAUGUCUCAGCCUCGUCAUUUUAAAAUGAAAGAAGAAGGACAAGAGGCCACCUUAAUGCAACAUCCAAAACGUCCAAACCUUUCUUCUUUGCAAGUACCUGUGAGGUCCUUGGAAAACACAUUGUCUAGUUUUGCACGAAUUGACAUUCCUAGUCCAAGUUCUACGAGGAAUGGGUUACCUCCUAGACCAAGCUCAGCAAAAUUUGUGUCAUCCAUGAAAAAUCUUCUUCCACAGAAAAGCUCCAAGGGAAAGAACCUUUCCCAUGAUGGUGAGAAAACAGUUCUCAUAGUUCCCGACACUCCACCUUCUGAUAAGCCUUCAAACAGGCCUUCUACCUCCAGGUCAUUUUCUCUCAACAAAAUUUUGUUCUCUUCAUCGACAACAUCAACACAUUCUUUGCCAGUUACUCCAAUGACAGAUGCAAGUACCUAUGAAGUAGAGGAAAGUAACUUAAAUGGCCACACUUAUUUACCUAAGCAUGAGGUUGAGCAGCAAAUGCAACGCUCAUUCUCAGUUCCCGUAAAUGUUAAAGUUAAAAGCCUAAGACGGACAGAUUCUUCAGGAUGUUUGGUUCGUGUAAUAUCAGCAACCCCUCGGCCUAGAACAGAUGAGAAUAAUGUAGUAGACAAUGCUACAGAGAUAGAAACAGCAUGUGAUGAUGCUGCAGAAGAUAUACCAGAAGAAGAGGCAGUGUGUAGGAUAUGUAUGGUUGAACUUGGAGAAGGCGGUGAAACAUUUAAAAUGGAGUGCAGUUGCAAAGGAGAGCUUGCACUUGCCCACAAGGAAUGUGCAAUUAAGUGGUUUAGUAUUAAAGGCAACAAAACUUGUGAUGUCUGCAAGAAGGAUGUUCAGAAUCUUCCAGUAACAUUAUUGAAAAUACAGAAUCCAGCUGAUGUCGUAAGAAGGCUGCCAGUAGGUGCGCAGCAGAUGGAAGUGACUCGUUACAGGCUCUGGCAAGACAUACCAAUCCUUGUCAUGAUCAGCAUGCUAGCAUAUUUCUGCUUUCUGGAGCAGCUUCUGGUAUCUGACAUGGGACCUCGUGCACUUGCGAUUUCUUUACCUUUUUCUUGUGCACUAGGCUUCAUUUCAACCAUGAUAGCUUCUACCAUGGUUAGUAAAAGUUACAUGUGGGCAUAUGCCUCAUUCCAGUUUGCAAUCGUCAUCCUUUUUGCUCAUAUAUUUUAUACUGUGCUUAAUGUAAAUGCAAUUCUAUCGGUGCUGCUUUCUUCCUUCACCGGGUUUGGAAUUGCAAUUGGCACCAAUUCACUGCUUGUGGAGUACUUGAGAUGGAGAACAAGCAGACGUCAUUCAUCUCAUCAGCAUCCAAAUGUGUCCGGCAGCACCGGUAGCACCAUGAACACGACCUAAGACACAGGCAGCACCAUCAUCAAUCUCAGCAUGAUAACCACCAGUCGCAACAUCCACUGACAGAUAAUCUAUCUAUUAGGCCAGCUGAAAAUGGUAGGCAGCAUGAAACCGCUACUCUGGGAACAUAAAACACAUUCUUAAAUGAUCUUCCUUUCCUUUCUAGGUAGCUCAGCACCAUUGUUCCGUAAGUUCGUCGAUAUUGAAGCCGAUAGUAAGUUAAUACCAGUUAGAGACUUCACAAGCUUGGGCUUGGAAAUCUCCAAAUUUUGGUGAACCACCGUUUGGAUUGGUCAUUUUUUCAAAAACAAGUUUUUCAAAUA